AAAAAACAUUUCUAUAUUCACUAUUUCUUCCAUAUAAAAACUGAGCCUUUAGGUAAAUGCUGCUGAUGUCGAUUUACUUUUUGUGUGCCUUGGACAAUUGCUUCACUGAAUUGUUUAAGGGGCUUCGCGCGGUAAACAAAACUAUUCAAGGAGAUGACUUGCUUGUCGGUGAGGAAGAUGCGGACUCUUUGGACAUCAAACCACCACAGGCCAACGUGCUGCACUCGCGUGAUCCCGCUGGUUCGAGACGGAAAGAAAAAUCGUCCAAGGAGAAGAAACAUUCCAAAGAAAAGAAACAUCGCAAUGAAAGAGAGCGUGCUAGUGGCCGUGAACGUGGCGAAAGGGAACGAGAUCAGCGCGAGCGCGACACCAGAGAACCGCAUGGUAGAGAACGAGACAUGCGCAAUGAUCGUGGAGGGGGCGUGCGUCCAGUCGAUAUAGAGCGAACCCGCGGCGACCACCGCAGAGGCGGCGAGGAACGUGAAGAAAUGGCGCGCUAUCAUCAGCGUGGCAGUGGCUAUGAACGCGACGACGGCAACCACAGAGAUAUGAUGCCGAACAGCGAGCGCCGUUACGCGAAACACUACGAACCGCACAAUAAUGACAUGCGUCGCAACAGUGGCAGCAGCGGUGGUGGUGGUGGUGGCGGCGGUUAUCAUCCACAAUAUCAACAUCCUCAUAUGCCGCGGCAGCGACCGGAUUACUAUGAGCGCGGCUCUAGUGCUGGUUACCACCAUGGUGGCCUUGAUUAUUACAACAAUAGACAUCAGCACCAGCAGCAGCAGCAACAGUAUGGCGGUGGCAAGCACUCGCAUAUUGAGUACAAUGAGGUCAGCUAUGAGGUUCAGCGCGAGCGUCGUAAGUAUAACUACGAUGCGCAGAAUGACUCGGAGAGUAUUGAACAGGAUUUGCGUUCACGUUUACUUAGUAAACGACAUAAGUACGUAAAGAGCAGUGGCGGCGAUGUUAUCGAGUUGGCGGAGAGCUAUGAGUCAACGUCUACGGUACAAAGGCAACGGUACGGCGAUGUUGAGCGCCACGAACGUCAUCGCCAAAAGCAUGAAAAAGUUCGUGAAUCCGUUAUUGAGGUGCUUGAUAGUCCGGAGCUCGUUGAGGUGGAGGGCACACAAGCCGAGGAAGGUCAUCGUCAACGCCGCAAGCAUAAGCAUCGCAACAAGGAACGCGAAGUAAUGCUGUCAGAGACGGUAAUGACUACAGAACGCGUGGAGCGGCCGGAGAAACGAAAAUCACCCGAUGACCCAGAGAUGCUGUCGCGUCGCGAAAAAAUACUGGCCGUUGAGCGUGAGAAGGAGAAGCGUAAGGAGAUGGCGCGAGAGGAGUUGGAGGCGCGUCGUCGAGCACGCAGUGCUUUGAGUCCAAGUGCGGUUGCAGCUUCCGUUACAGCGGGGCUAAAUGUCAUGAAGCGCAAGAAACAGGAAGAUGUUGAUGUGGAAGUGAAACGGAAACGAUCCAAGAAGGCGAUAGCUUCUAAGCAGCGUAGUGACGAGGAGGAAGAGGGGGAAGCGAUAGACAGUGAUGAGGAUGACGACGACGAUGAGGACGAGGAGAACGAAAGUGAGGAGAUGGAAACAGAGAGCGGAAGCGGCGAUAGUGAAAGUGACAGCGAGAGUAACUCUGAAGAGGAAGGUGCAAUUGCGCGGCGUGAAAAACAUCACCGUAAGCGUAGCAAAGCCGAGAAGAAAAAGAAAAAGAAGAAACAUCGUUCCCGCAAAGCACGAGACAAUGGCGUUGAAAACGAAGACAAUGUCGUUCACGACGAUGAUGAUGAUGCUGAAGAGGAUGACGACGUUGAUAUACCGGAAAGCCCCUUUUCUAUAGGCGAACUUUCCAAAUCCCCCAUACGUCGUCAGCAUCGCGCAAAGAAGCACAAGAAAAAGAAGAGUAAAAAACAUGUCGAGGACGACGAUGAAGAAGAUGGUGAACACCGUUCAUCGCGUUCGCGUACACGCUCAGCCCGCUCACACUCGCGUUCUCCCUCCCGUACACUUUCGCGCUCACGCUCACAUACGCCUCGUCGCAAGAGCACACAUUCACGUUCCCGUUCUCGUUCAGGCUCACGUGGCUCUUCGCCACGGCGACAUGCAACACGUUCACGUUCCCGCUCCCGCUCCCGUUCACAUUCACAUUUUGGCUCAGGUUCAAUGUCAUCGCGCUCACAUUCACGUUCAUCAUGUUCACGCUCAAGGUCACGAACACGUUCACGCUCACGCUCCGAAGAGCGUGACAUGAAGUCGGCGCACAAAACAGAAGCUGAGGCCACUGCUGCGGGCACAAGGCGACGUGGAGAAGGUGAUGGUCGGAAUGAUUCGCCUGCACGGGACGACAAAGGAGCGCCGUUGCCUGACUACUUCCCGGGCAUACAGGGCUGUCGCUCCGUCGAAGAGUUCCAAUGUUUGAACCGUAUAGAAGAGGGCACUUAUGGUGUGGUCUACCGCGCCAAGGACAAACGUACCAACGAGAUUGUUGCAUUAAAGCGCCUGAAAAUGGAGAAAGAAAAAGAAGGCUUUCCCAUAACGUCAUUGCGUGAGAUCAAUACGCUUCUGAAAGGCCAGCACCCAAAUAUAGUUACAGUGCGCGAGAUAGUCGUCGGUUCGAAUAUGGAUAAAAUUUUCAUUGUUAUGGACUAUGUGGAACAUGACCUCAAAUCGUUGAUGGAAACCAUGAAGGCACGGAAACAGUUUUUUCUGCCCGGCGAAGUAAAAUGUCUGACGCAGCAGCUAUUGCGUGCAGUCGGACAUUUACAUGACAAUUGGAUAUUACAUCGAGAUUUAAAAACCUCGAAUCUGCUACUCUCACACAAAGGUAUUUUGAAAGUGGGUGACUUCGGCUUGGCCCGUGAAUAUGGUUCCCCACUGAAAAAGUACACGUCACUGGUAGUCACACUGUGGUACCGCGCACCCGAGUUGCUGCUCUGUUCACCGGAAUACUCAACACCCAUUGACAUUUGGUCGGUGGGCUGCAUUUUUGGCGAGUUCCUGCAAAUGGGUCCACUCUUUCCGGGCAAGACGGAAACUGAUGAGCUGAACAAAAUUUUUAAGGAACUUGGCACACCAAACGAACGCAUUUGGCCCGGCUACAAGGAUUUACCUGCCGUCCGCAAUAUGUUAAGUCAAAAUUCGCAAUUCGCCGACUAUCCUGUUUCCAAUUUACGCAAGCGUUUCGCCGAAAAAACCACCGACUUAGGCAUUGAGUUGCUGCAGGGUCUUCUUACUUACGAUCCAAAAAAAAGACUAACCGCAGACGCGGCCCUAAAACAUAGCCACUUCACUGAACUGCCUCUGCCCAUCGAUCCGUCUAUGUUUCCCACCUGGCCGGCGAAAAGUGAACUGGGUGCGCGCAAAGCACUCGCCUCAUCGCCUAAACCGCCCUCGGGUGGCUCGCAAUUCAAACAGUUGGCCCGGGACGAAUUAAUUGUAGGUGGUACAGGUGGCAGUGGCAGCACAACAGCAGGUGCUGCUGCCAGCAAUAGCAAAGUAAUAUCUGGCAUCAUAACCGGUAAUAAGAAAACCGCCACGAACACUGGCUUUGUGCUUAAUGCAGGCAUUGAUCAGCGUCAACUAGCAAUGGGCCCGGGAUUCAAUUUAAAAUUCUAACCAGGAAGUCAGGCACUGCUUGCUAUUGUUCUCUCAUAUUUGAGUGUGAAUGUGUUUAUUGGUACUACAAAUUGCUUUUGUAAUAUUUUUUUAGUGAAUAACUAUCCCUUCGAGAGCGAGUUUCUUCAAACACAUAUUUUGUUGUUACUACUUUUAAGCUGCUGUCCAAAAACUGUAAAAACCGUCAAAUGUUUCGUUUUAAUGCCUAAUGACUAUUAAUCAAUUUCCACUGAGAGAACCAAACGAUUUUACUAACAGAAAACGUAAGAAUCCGUUAGAGCUUAAUAUAAAUUAAUAUUACCAGUAAAUAUAAAUUAUUAUUAAAAAAUCUAAGCAAAUUUAGAUUAAAAUUUAUCAAUGAGAAUAUGUACAAAUUACAUGCGUUGAAGAAGUCAUAGAAAAUUUGUGUCUUCAUAAGCGAUAGCAGGUGAAGAGCAUUAGUCAUACAAACACAUACAUAUGUAUAUAUAGAUGGAACAGUUUAAGUAAAUCAUUAGAGUGGUGACUUGUAUUCACAGAUCUACACAAACAAGCACAUAAAAAAAAACACUCAAAUACAUUUUUUUCCUAGUUUUAAGAACUUUUUGGGGAGUAAUAAAAUGUUCUAAAU